UCGUGGAUGCAUCCAACAUGACAUUUGUGUUUACCAACAGUAACAUAAUAUUGCACACCUUCAGUCGGAACGAGGGGGCGGCCAAGCAUAACAACACGUAUGGGGUCGGAUUGACUAUGUGGCCUUUACUAGCUUUAGCGGUGCUUUCGAUCUUUCGUAGUACAUUUUCGCAGACAACACAGAACAUUAACGUUUUGUUGAUCAAUGAAGAAAACAAUGCGUUGGCAGAGAAAGCGUUUGAAGUGGCGAAGGAGUAUGUACGGCGAAACCCGAGUUUAGGUCUUGCUGUGGACCCGAUUAUAGUGGUGGGCAACCGCACCGAUGCUAAAGCCUUCUUAGAAAAUGUUUGCAGAAAGUACAACGACAUGUUGUCAGUGAAGAAAACGCCUCACGUCGUCCUAGAUUUUACUAUGACAGGCGUCGGGUCUGAAACUAUAAAAUCGUUUACAGCAGCAUUGGCAUUGCCUACUAUUUCUGGAUCAUUCGGUCAGGCCGGCGACCUCAGGCAAUGGCGGUCGCUGAAUGCCAAUCAGACCAAGUUCCUACUCCAGGUGAUGCCUCCAGCCGACAUCCUGCCAGAAGCUAUAAGAGCUAUAGUUACUAAGCAGGAUAUUACCAAUGCUGCUAUCAUUUUCGACGAAUACUUUGUAAUGGAUCAUAAAUACAAGUCUCUCCUCCAAAACAUUCCGACUCGCCACGUCAUAACGCCGGUAAAAAGCUUCAAUAAAGAUGAUAUCAAAACUCAAUUACGCAGUCUGCGGGAAUUAGACAUUGUUACCUUCUUCGUAGUUGGCAGUUUGAGAACUAUCAAGAACGUUCUAGAUGCAGCCGAUGAAAAUCAGUAUUUUGGAAGGAAGACAGCUUGGUUCGCUCUAUCUUUAGAUAAAGGGGACAUUAGCUGUGGCUGCAAAGACGCAACGAUAGUGUACAUGAGACCAACUCCCGAUGCAAAAAGCCGCGAUCGUUUGGGAAAGAUCAAAACUACUUACAGCAUGAACGGAGAACCAGAGAUCACAUCCGCUUUCUAUUUCGACCUGUCGCUACGCACAUUUCUCGCAGUCAAAUCUCUACUGGACUCUGGCAAGUGGCCAAAUGACAUGAGAUAUAUUACUUGCGACGACUACGACGGCAAGAAUACUCCUAACAGGACCUUGGACCUCAAGUCUGCCUUUAAAGAGGUCAAAGAAACGCCGACCUACGCCCCGUUUUUCAUACCCGAAGACGACCCUAUGAGCGGGAGGAGUUAUAUGGAGUUCAGUACGGAUCUAUCCGCAGUGACGGUGAAGGAUGGGGCAUCUAUUGGCAGCAAGAGCUUGGGCUCUUGGAAGGCGGGUCUGUCGAAUCCACUGUCGCUGACUGACCCUGACAAUAUGAGCGACUAUUCAGCCCAACUCGUGUACAGGGUGGUGACAGUAGAGCAAGAACCUUUCAUAAUAAGAGACGACGAAGCACCGAAAGGCUUUAAAGGCUAUUGCAUUGACCUCAUCGAAGAGAUCCGUCAAAUCGUUAAGUUUGAUUACGAAAUCACGCUGUCACCAGACGGCAACUUUGGUACCAUGGACGAAAACGGCAACUGGAACGGAAUUAUAAAGGAACUGAUCGAAAAACGAGCGGAUAUAGGUCUGACAUCUCUUUCAGUGAUGGCAGAAAGAGAAAAUGUUGUAGACUUCACGGUACCGUACUACGAUUUGGUAGGAAUCACAAUUCUAAUGAAGUUGCCUAGACCUCCAACGUCGCUGUUCAAGUUUCUAACUGUUCUGGAGAACGACGUGUGGGCUUCCAUUCUGGCAGCGUACUUCUUUACCAGUUUCCUAAUGUGGGUGUUCGACAAGUGGAGUCCGUACAGCUACCAGAACAACCGCGAGAAGUAUAAAGAUGACGAGGAGAAGAGGGAGUUCACUCUGAAGGAGUGCCUGUGGUUCUGCAUGACGUCACUAACGCCGCAGGGAGGGGGGGAGGCGCCGAAAAACCUGUCUGGCAGGCUGGUCGCUGCUACCUGGUGGUUGUUUGGCUUCAUCAUAAUAGCCUCCUACACGGCAAACCUGGCAGCGUUCCUGACAGUCUCCCGCCUGGACACCCCCAUAGAGUCACUGGACGAUCUGUCCAAACAAUACAAGAUACAAUACGCACCCCUCAACGGCUCCGCGGCGAUGACAUACUUCGAGCGAAUGGCUAACAUUGAAGUCAAGUUUUAUGAGAUAUGGAAAGAAAUGAGCUUGAACGACAGCUUAUCAGACGUGGAACGCGCUAAGCUGGCCGUAUGGGACUACCCAGUGAGCGACAAAUACAGCAAGAUGUGGCAGGCGAUGAAGGAGGCUGGCUUGCCCAACUCCAUUGAAGAGGCCGUGCAGAGGGUGCGAGACUCUAAGAGUACCAGUGAGGGGUUCGCUUGGCUUGGAGAUGCAACUGAUGUGAGAUACCACGUUUUGACGAGUUGUGACCUUCAGAUGGUAGGGGACGAGUUCUCCAGGAAGCCAUACGCCAUCGCUGUCCAGCAGGGGUCGCCGUUGAAGGACCAGUUUAACAAUGCUAUCCUCCAACUCCUGAACAAAAGGAAACUAGAGAAGCUCAAGGAAAACUGGUGGGUGAACAACCCUAAGGCGAUGAAGUGCGAGAAGCAAGACGACCAGUCUGACGGGAUCUCCAUCCAGAACAUCGGUGGCGUGUUUAUUGUCAUCUUCAUCGGUAUUGGCCUCGCCUGUGUUACGCUGAGUCUGGAGUACUACUGGUAUAAGUGGCGCAAGAGACCUACUAUUGGGGAUGUCACGCAGGUGGAACCGACAAAGACCACAAGAAAUAACGUGGAGAGUCACGGCACCAAGAAAUUUGGCGAAGGAUUCUCAUUUCGAUCUAGAAACCUAGGCUUAUCCGACUUGAAACCUAAGUUCUGAACCUAAGACCUUAAUAUUAUAGAUACCUAUAACC